AUGUGGGCUCGGUCUUGCUUAACCGCGCUAUUCUUCCUUUCCUCAUCCGUGCUAGCAGCACCUAGCCAGACAACCGUCGAGCGGCAGACGGGCACUUUGAGUCAAGAUCCUGCAGGUCAGGCUCUCACCUUUGAGUACACGACAUCCCAUCCUUUCGAUACCUACUGGAUAGGUCUCUACCAUGCUUCAGGAGGAGGACCUGCCAACGAGGAAUAUGUGGCGCCAUCACUAGUCUGGAGCUAUGCACCAGGAACGCCUGGCACUGUAACCCUCUCGGACGAUGCCCUUGAGCCCGGCGACUAUCAAGCAUUCUUCCUCGCUCAGGACAGGUACGAAUGGCUGGCUGAACCCGUCAACGUCACCAUUGAGGCUCCUGCUGCAGAUAUUGACUUCCCCGUAGAGUCGGCGACUCUACACAAUGCACGACAGGGCGACAAGUACACCGCGAACAUCGCGGGCCUCGUCCUCGGCCAAAGCCAGGACACUGUGAUCUUUACAAAAGUCUCUGGCGAAGACGGGAUCAACGUUAGCCAGGACGGACUUAUCACAGGCACGCCCAGUUCCACCUCCCAAGUACCCGCCGAGCUCACCAUUAGCGCCACAGCAAGCAAUGGCUCCAACAAUACAAUCCGCCUAACGAUCCCCGUCCGACUGAAACCCCAACGCCUGGUCAGUGACCUCAAAGUCAUGAGCUACAACCUCUGGCACGGCGGCGCGCAACAACUUCGCUUCCUUCUGGAUUCCGGCGCAUACGUGGUCGCACAGCAGGAGGCCUCGCCAGACCAUGCAAAACGUCUAGGCCAAGCGUUAGGCUGGCAUCACUACCAGAGCAGUGGCAGUGUAGGCGUCAUCAGUCGCUAUCCCAUCAUCGAGAAAUACGGUCAGAUCUCAGCAUCCGGGGGCGUGAGGAUUGACUUGAACGGUGGUCGUGAUGACGACCCUGUCGAGAUAAAUGUAUGGAGUGCGCACUUGGGCUAUACGCCAUACGGACCUUACAAUUUCUGUUUUGAUAACAUGACGAAGGAGGAGGUCCUUGCUCGUGAAGCGGAGUCAGGACGGAUACCACAGAUCACUGCUAUCCUGGACGGCAUCCAGAGCCAACUGCAGGAGGCAGAUAGAGUACCCGUCAUCCUCGCCGGCGACUUCAACGCUCCGUCCCAUCUCGAAUGGGUGCCUUCGCUACAGGAGAAGAAUUGCGACAACGAUAGUCUCGACUGGCCGACUUCCAUCUUGCCUACUGAGCAUGGUCUAAUCGAUUCGUUCCGAGUCGCACAUCCAGAUCCUGCGAGGGAGCAGGCUACGACUUGGUCGCCGGUCUUCCCGAAACACAACGGCGCUACUGGGAGAGACGAGCCUCAAGAUAGGAUCGACUUUGUGUAUCAUACUGAGGACAGGCUGAGAGUAAUUGGGUCGGAACACCUAAUCGUCGGCGAUCCAGCGCCUAGUCCUGGGCACAAGGAGAAUGAGUGGACUUCAGACCAUGCUGCUGUGCUGACGCAUUAUGAGCUGCUGUAA